CGGCAAACCACUUGACACUUGUCACUCUCAUAUAUCGUAAUCAGAACCAAAACGCACCGUAUUAGAUUCCCAUUACCAAACCGAACAAUUUGGAGGCAGAGAAGAGAGAGAAGGAAGAAAGAAAGAGGGGUACAGAGUCAGAAAUGGCCACUUCCGCAUCCGUGGAUGCCGUCGCAGCUGCAAAUCUUCGUUCUGUGCUGCAACGCGUCCAGCAGGCCGCAGAACGGUCCGGCCGAGGGCCCCAAUCGAUCCGUGUCGUGGCCGUGAGCAAGACCAAGCCCGUCUCUCUCCUCCGUCAGGUUUACGACACUGGUCACCGUUGCUUUGGCGAGAAUUACGUCCAAGAAAUUGUCGAAAAAGCUCCUCAGCUUCCGGACGAUAUUGAAUGGCACUUUAUUGGAAAUUUGCAGAGCAAUAAAGUCAAAUUGCUUCUAAAUGGUGUGCCAAACCUUGCAAUGGUGGAGAGUGUGGAUGACGAAAAGAUUGCUAAUCAACUUGAUCGUUUUGUUGCAAGUCUUGGGAGAAAACCUUUGAAGGUUUUGGUCCAAGUUAAUACCAGCGGAGAAGUGUCAAAAUCUGGUGUAGAGCCCUCUGGAUGUGUGGAGCUUGCAAAGCAUGUAAGUUUGAGAUGUCCAAAUCUUGAGUUUUCUGGCUUAAUGACCAUUGGUAUGCUGGACUACACAUCAACCCCAGAAAAUUUCAAGGCAUUAGCAAACUGCAGAACUGAGGUUUGUAAAGCUCUCGGAAUAACUGAAGAGCAAUGUGAACUAUCAAUGGGCAUGUCUGGUGACUUUGAGUUAGCUAUUGAAAUGGGAAGCACUAAUGUGAGAAUCGGAUCUACAAUAUUUGGAGCAAGGGAAUAUCCUAAGAAACAAUCCUAGUUACUGUUCUAUGAACUCGUAGUUUCAUGAUAAUUUAUGUUUUUGAUAGAACUCUCAAAUGGAGAGUUGAUGGUUUGAGUUGUAUUGUAUGUGACCUGAAUGGCUUAACUGAAUUGAUUAGAUCAACUUGAAUCAUCACUAUAAGCGUGGGUCAAUAUCUUGCUUACUUUUUCAAAAAAGAAAAAAAAAAUAGUUAUAACAUAUAAUUAUUCUUCUUAUGUGUAAGUGUGUGUUAAUGUUAAUGUAAUUUUUAUUAUUAAUAUCCUUGUAUACUCAUGUUAUCUUAUCAAUUUCACAUAUAUUAAUAAGUUUAAUUCAAGAAACAAA